AUGAUUCAGGAAGUAAAACAAUUCUUUUCAUCCACCAAGCAAGGCUUGCUUGGGGUUGUUUCAUCGGAUCCAAAUUCUAAAGGUUCCACAACAGCAGCAGCCGAUCCCACCAAAACCUAUGCAGUGGCUCUCUCUGCAGGUGUUGCAGCUGCCAUUGUUUUAGCUUACAAGCUUUUCAAGAACAAGCAACAACAAGCAUCCGAUAAGAAUUCUACUAGCACUCCAACCAUUGCAACCAUGAAAGAUCUCCAAGAAUUAUACUUGAAAUCUUCCAAUUCUUUGAGUCCAAUGACGAAAAAACAAAGAAUCGGAGUCUUGUUAGUCAAUUUGGGUACUCCCAAUGAUGCCACUCCCAACUCAGUCUACAAGUAUUUGCAACAAUUUUUGAUGGAUGGUCGUGUGAUUGAUGCGAAAUAUUGGUUUCGAUACUUGCUCGUGAAUGGCUUGAUCGUUCCUUUCCGAUACAAAAACUCAACUAAAAACUAUCAAGCUAUUUGGAAAUCCAACGAUUUCACUGAUGGAAGUGCUUCUCCUCUCAAAUAUAAUACGGAAUUGAUUGUCAAGCAAUUAAGAGAGAGAAUGGCAGGCCAAGACGUAGAUGCAGAUUUUGACCUUGUUGUCGAGUAUGCCAUGCGUUAUCAAAAUCCAUCCAUUGAGACUGGCUUGAACAAGUUGAAUCAUGAGCAUCAUUGUUCACACAUUAUGAUUUUACCUCUCUUUCCACAGUACGCUUCUGCAACCGUUGGAUCUAUUCAUGAGGAAUGUAUGAGAGUCAUGUCUAAAUGGCUCUAUAUUCCUUCAUUACAUUUUGUGAAUUCAUAUCCAACCUAUGCUCCAUUCAUUCGGUCAGUCAUCCAUAGGAUUGAGGAAGCUCUUCAAAGUAAUGCUGAAGAAAUUCAAAGCAAGCAUGGAUUCGAUCACAUCAUUGUGAGUUAUCACAGUCUUCCAGUCCAUCAUGAAAUCAAAGGUUACAAAGAGCGAGAGGAUUUAGAUUUUUCUUACUAUGCUCAAUGUCUGCAAACAACCAAGUGUGUCUUGCAACAAUUAGUGAGCGCUCCAUCCCAUUUGGAAGAAUCAAAAGAAACACCUGGUUCCUAUGCCAUUUCAGAAACCGAGUUUAAGCCUGAGCUAUCCAAAUACUUUGCACAACAUGUCACAAUUCAAACUACGUUCCAAAGUCAUUUAGGUAAACUGCCAUGGCUCACUCCUUACACCACUACUGUGCUAGAGGAAUUGGCUUUAGCAAAGAAGAGAGUUCUUAUUGUUUGUCCCUCUUUUGUUACAGAUUGCAUUGAGACGGAUCACGAGUUAAUGAUUGAAGAAAGAGAGGAAUUUCAUUUGAGGGGAGGAGAGUUGUUUGUGUUGGUUCAAUCAGUCAAUGAUGAAGCAACCUUUGUCGAAGGAUUGUAUCAAAAGAUUAUGGACUACUCCAAUGUUGUUCAUAAAUAA